GGCCGCGGAGCUGGCCCUGCGGAGCCCCGGGGGGGGGAGGGGGAGCCGUCAAGCCCCCGCUGAGGCCGCCGCUGCCGGGCCUCCCCUCCCCCCCGGGCUGGCGCCAUGCGGGGGGGCCCGGGCGAUGCCGAGCGGCGUCAGCGCUGGGGUCGCCUCUUCGAAGAGCUGGACAGUAACAAGGAUGGUCGCGUGGACAUUCGCGAGUUGCGCCAGGGACUGGCCCGGCUGGGCGGAGGCGAUCCGGACCGCGGCGCCCAACAGGGCAUCCCCCCUGAGGGUGACACUGACCCAGAUGGCGGCCUUGACCUGGAGGAGUUUAUCCUCUACCUGCAGGAGCGGGAACAGCGCCUUUUACUUCUGUUCCACAGUCUGGACCGGAAUCAGGAUGGUCAGAUUGAUGUCUCUGAGAUCCAGCAGAGUUUCCGAGCCCUGGGCAUUUCCAUCUCGCUGGAACAGGCAGAGAAAAUCCUGCACAGCAUGGACCGUGAUGGCACCAUGACCAUUGACUGGCAGGAGUGGCGUGACCACUUCCUGUUGCAUUCGCUGGAGAAUGUGGAAGAUGUGCUGUAUUUCUGGAAGCAUUCCACGGUUCUGGAUAUUGGCGAGUGCCUGACUGUCCCGGAUGAGUUCUCGGAGCAGGAGAAGCUGACUGGCAUGUGGUGGAAGCAGCUGGUGGCGGGCGCGGUGGCGGGUGCCGUGUCCCGGACAGGCACAGCCCCUCUGGACCGCCUCAAGGUCUUCAUGCAGGUCCACGCCUCCAAGACCAACCGGCUCAACAUCCUGGGGGGCCUCCGGAGCAUGAUCCAAGAAGGGGGUGUGCGCUCCCUGUGGCGUGGCAACGGGAUUAAUGUGCUCAAGAUUGCACCUGAGUCAGCAAUCAAGUUCAUGGCCUAUGAGCAGAUCAAGCGGGCCAUCCGGGGGCAACAGGAGACACUGCAUGUGCAGGAGCGCUUUGUGGCUGGCUCCCUGGCUGGUGCCACGGCCCAAACCAUCAUCUACCCCAUGGAGGUGCUGAAGACACGGCUGACCCUUCGCCGGACGGGCCAGUACAAGGGGCUGCUGGACUGUGCGUGGCAGAUCCUGGAGAGAGAAGGUCCCCGAGCCUUCUACCGUGGCUACCUGCCCAACGUUCUGGGCAUCAUCCCCUACGCGGGCAUUGACCUGGCCGUCUAUGAGACCCUGAAGAACCAGUGGCUCCAGCAGUAUAGCCAUGACUCAGCUGACCCGGGCAUCCUCGUCCUUCUGGCCUGUGGCACCAUCUCCAGCACGUGCGGCCAGAUAGCCAGCUACCCACUGGCCCUAGUCCGGACCCGCAUGCAGGCCCAAGCCUCCAUGGAGGGAGCCCCCCAGCUCUCCAUGCUGGGUCUCCUCCGUCACAUCCUAUCCCAGGAGGGCGUGCGGGGCCUCUACCGGGGCAUUGCCCCCAACUUCAUGAAGGUUAUCCCUGCUGUGAGCAUCUCCUAUGUGGUCUACGAGAACAUGAAGCAGGCCCUGGGGGUCACGUCCAGGUGAGGGACCCAGAACCCACCUCCCCUCCCCCAGAUCCCUCACCUCAAUCAUGAUGUCCCCCCACACCUGGGCCACUGGAGACCGAAGAGACAGCCAGUGGAUCCCAGGUCCUCCCCCAACCCUACCAUUCAAACCACAGGAUCCCCAUACUUCAUCCACUGGGUCCUGCAUCCCCACACUUCAGCCACUGGAUCCCACGUUUUCCUGUCCCCUCACCCCCGUACUGAGUGCUGGACCUCCAUGUCUUAACCACUGGAUCCCCCACAAGCCAGCUAAUGGAUCCUGACACCCCAACCACAGCAGCACCUACCCAGUAUCUAACCGCCCCCCCACCAGCUGCCUCAGGCACCGGAUCCAGUGUCCUCAGGCAGUGCUGGAUCCUAGAUCCCCAGCCCUAAACUGGCGGAUCCUAGAUCUUCUGCUUCAAGUCCUGAAUCUCCAAGCUCAACCACUGGACUCUGGAUCUCAAGAAACCUCAGCCACGGUAUCCUGACAAUGCGAGGCCUAGAUCCUGGGACCCCAUCCACUGGAUCCCGAAUCCCCUCCCUCCAACUGCUGGAUUCCUGAAUCCCUUUACCUCAACACAGGGUCCCAGAUCCUGCUGCUUCAACUCCCCGAUCCCCACAUUUCAAGCAUCAUUCCCUCAACACCCCCAACCACGGACCCCAGAUUCCCAAGCCCUGACCUGCCAGAUCCUCACUCCUCAAACCACAAUCUCGUGAGCCCGAUGGCAGAGGAGCGAUUCCAGGCGACUACAGCUGUAGGACCCCAGGUCCCUGCACCACAGGCCUUGGAUGUUAAGACUUCACCCAUAAGAGGCAGACCCUGCCACCUCUAGGCACUGGAUGCCAACCCUUAACCCCUGAUCUCCGACCUGGACCCUCCCAGGCACUGGACCUUGAAAGCUCAGAGCCCCCAGCUAGCUCCCACUAGGCCAGUCAGCAUCCUGGAUCCCACACUCCCGUUCCAGACACACACCAGAGACCUGCCCCCAUGGCACAAACCCCAAAGUCUCUGGAGCCUGCAGGAAGCCCAGGUCCCAGCCUCCCAGCCUGAAAACCCACAGGAUGUGCCCACUGUCCUGACCCACCUGAUGCUGGCAAGGGGAGGAGACAUCCCGCCCAGGCCCUACACGGACGCUGGACCCCCAGCUCCCCAGCACGGACAUGCCCCUAGGCCGGGGGCAGGGUUGGGCUGCGGGGAAUGGCAUGCUCAAGUGCUCCUCCAGCACUCUGCUGGUCUCACACCCUCUUCCCACCUCUAGGCUGACCACAAUCCCCGGAGCCUGGCUCCCUCUCUCUUCGGGCCGGCAAGCAGGCAAUCUGAAGCUGGGAUCACAUUAAGGGGACCCCACACGCACACACGCCCCAACACUGCCAGCCCCUCCCCUGACUUCAGAGUUGGAAACCAGGAGCAGUAAACCCAACCCCCUAAGCCCCCAAAUUCACUCCAGGUCUAUUUUUCUACCAGAGAGGAGUUGACAACCCAUCCCCCCACUUGCCCCAGCCCCCCACCCUGUACCUUCUGCACUUUAUAUUUGGACGCUGAACUUAGUAUUAUUGGGGAACCCCCUCUCCAUUCCUUCCAAGUCCUUGGGGAACCCCAUUCAAGGACUGUGAAAGAGGAACUGGGAUGUUUGGGGGGUGGGAGGACCCCCUCCCCCAAUGCUUCCACCUCCUCCACCCACACUACGCCCCACCUCCCUGCCUGUGCCCUGCCUGUGCGUGUUAUUUCGAAGGAAAAGAACAAAGGAAUACAUUUUCUAAGCUCUU